CCCACACGUUUUGGUUAAUCAUGGCCAAAGGGAAUCCACUCGACACGUCAGUUACACCUCCUGCGCCCACUGGACCACCUCCUUCAUACCAACUUGCUACGAACGAAGAGAUUCCUUCGAGAGGUGGGUAGACUGGGCCUCACGCGUUGGGGUGUGCUCAUGGCAUUAACCAUUUCAGGGCCAUCCAACAUCCUUUCGUCGCAACCCACUGCGGGCCCUUCUUCACGAGAGAUCGGGGACACUGGCGCUUUGAAUGUCUCAUCCACCUCUCCUCAGCAUGUAUCCACUACCCCUAAGCAGACCUCUUUGCUCUUCCCAUACAAUGAGCGAGCAGCGUUGCGUUACCCCUCUCCACCGGGACCUCCACACCCUAGCGCAAAAGCCCAACCCCGAUACCAAGCCGUAUCCCCCUAUCCGACUCAGACCCUUUAUCACUUCCAGAACCCUGAAACGGGUGAUGUGGUUUCCACGCACCUUCCUCCGGAUCACCCUGCGAUGAUUUGUCUUCAAGAGGGGCACCAUAUUCCGGGGCCGACAUACUGGGGAAUAGUGGGCUUACUUAGUGCGAUCGUCUUCUUCCCCGUCGGGAUGCUGUGCUGCCUCAUUGACAGGGAAGUGUAUUGCACCAGGUGUGGGGAGAUGAUUCAUAGCGGUUUGAGCACGUAAUUUGGUCUUGAACACGAUUCUUGAAACAAUCCGUAUACUGCUGCCUACUUCCAUUCUUAAUUGACACGACUGUACCUGUUUACAAUACCAGUUGAUGGAUCUGUCCUUUAAUUGUUAUGGACAUACCGGGUAUUACGAUGUUUAAGGUGAUCCGGUUUUAGGGAAACAAGUGACGUCAACACAAGUGACACUAGUAGUGUUUACGCCGGUAAUUUAUUCCGCAGUGCCCUUGGCGCUUCCAUGCACGAGGAGCCUAAGAUGAACAAC